CGUGCGGCGCCGGAGCUGCUCCGCGCGUCAGGUACCCCGGGGCGCUGGGACCCGGCCCGUCCCGGCGAGCCCCGGCUACCUCCCCCACCCAGGGAGGGGUCCGCCCGGAGGGCGGCGGGCCCGGGGCGGCGCUGUGGGAGGCGGGGCCCCGAGGGGUGGCCCAGGGCGCCGAGAUAGGAGCGCGGCCGCCCGCAGGCUGCCCGGGGCUCCGUGAUGUCGCUGGUGCUGCUGAGCCUGGCCACGCUGUGCUGGGGAACGGUGUCCCCGGAGCCGGUAAGCCUCCGCCCGCGCCCCUUUCCCGCGUUCCGAUCCUCGAGCCCGCACCCCGACGGCGUCCGACCCCCUCUCCGGCCCCCCAGCUCACGCUUGUUCGCGAAGGGCCGCCUGGAAGGCGCACGUCCGCACCCUCUGGGGCAGCCCGACGGGUCCCCGCCAGGUCGCCCUGGGCUUCAGGCUGCUCGAGUCAGGGGCGUCGGAACCAGACGAACCCGGACUCAAAUGCCAGCCUGCAUUCUGGAUUCAGUCAUUUAUGCUCGCCGAGGCUCCGUGUCUUCAUCUGUAAAGGGAAGAGUCCUACCCAACUCACUUGGAUUUAGUGAGGAACAACGACAGGGCUUGCAAGGCAGCAGCAAAGAGCGUGGCACAUAACUAUUCGGUGUGGCUCUGAACCUGGACCAUCUCCAGAGUGGAUGGUCCAACACACUCUGACCCCUGGAGACUUGAGGGACCUCCGAGUGGAACCUGUUAAAAGCAGUGUUGCAAUGGAGGACUAUUCCGUUUUGAUGAACGUCAGCUGGAGACUCCGGGCAGAUGCCAGCAUUCGCUUGCUGAAGGCCACCAAGAUCUGCGUGACAGGCAAGAGCAACGUCCAGUCCUACAGCUGCGUGAGGUGCAAUUACACGGAGGCCUUCCAGACUCAGACCAGACCGUCCGGCGGCAGGUGGACGUUUUCCUACGCAGGCUUCCCUGUAGAGCCGGACACAGUCUACCUCAUCGGGGCCCACAAUGUCCCCAAUGCCAACAUGAAUGAAGACCCCCCCUCCACGUCUGUGAACUUCACCUCACCAGGCUGCCUGAACCACAUAAUGAAAUACAGAAAAAAGUGCAUCGAGGCAGGAAGUCUGUGGGAUCCAAACAUCACUGCUUGUAAGAAGAACGAGACGGCAAUAGAAGUGAAUUUUACAACCAGCCCCCUUGGAAACAAAUACAUGGCUCUCAUCCAAAAUAUCAUUGUAAUUGGGUUUUCUGUCGUGCUGGAGCAGAACCCCCCAAGUCGAGCUUCAGUGGUGAUCCCAGUGACGGGGGAAAGUGAAGAUGCUGUGGUCCAGCUGAUUCCGUAUUUCCGUACUUGCGGCAAUGACUGCAUCCGACGCAAAGGAACAGUUGCGCUUUGCCCACAGACGGGCAUGUCCUUUCCCCUGGAUAGUCGCAGAAGCACCCUGGGUGGCUGGCUGCCUCUCUUCCUCUCAGCUCUGCUGGUGGCCACGUGGGUGCUGUCUGUUGGUGUCUAUCUACUGUGGAGGCAUGAAAGGACCAGGAAGGCUUCCUUGCCUACUACCACGCUCUUGCCCCCCAUUAAGGUUCUUGUGGUCUACCCAUCUGAAAUAUGUUUCCAUCACACAGUUUGUAACUUCACUGAAUUUCUUCAAAACCACUGCAGAAGUGAGGUUAUCCUUGAAGAGUGGCAGAAAAAGAAAAUAGCUGAGAUGGGUCCGGUGCAAUGGCUUACCACGCAGAAGCAAGCAGUGGAUAAAGUCAUCUUCCUUCUUUCCAAUGAUGUCAACCCCAGGUGUGAUGGCACCUGUGGCAGGCAUGAGGGCAGCCCCCACGAGAACUCCCAAGACCUGUUCCCCCUGGCCUUUAACCUCUUCUGUAGCGAUCUGAGAAGCCAGACUCCCCUUCACAAAUACAUGGUAGUCUAUUUUAGAGAGGCUGAUACCAAAGACGAAUACAGCGCACUCAGCGUCUGCCCCAAGUACCACCUCAUGAAGGACGCUCCUACUUUCUGUACAGAACUACUCCGUGUCAAGCAGCAGGUGUCAGCAAGAAAGAAGCUGACGGCCUGUUCCCUGUAGCCCACCCAUGAGAAGUGAGGGGCCUUGAAGCCCUCCUACUCUUCCCAUUACAGGGGGAAGUAUCUCAGAUGAUUCUGAAGUUUCCUGUAUGGACUAUGUACAGGGAGAUUUUAUAUACACCUGCUUUAUUCAGCAACAGGAAUAGGGAGGAUUCUAACUGAAUACAUACGCCUUAAUCAAAACUUUUAUGCCAAUAGAACUGUUACAAAUACUGCUAACUACUGUAGCAUCAACUAAAGGACAGAAACUAAAUUUACAAUUAUAAAGCUAAAUCAACUUCAUACCUAAAAGUCAAGGAGAAUUCCACCGCAGAACUAUAACCAGUCUAAUGACGCAAUGAUAGAGCCUCCUCCAGCCCAACAUCCAGUCCUGAAAAGCCCAUGCACUGCACAGUAAGGAGAACUGCUUAUUUCUGUGACAUUCUAAAUUUAGUGAAUACCAAAUUUAAGAGAGCCUUUGCGCAUUCCCUCAGUAACUUCACAGGUGAAAAACCCUCCAUUACAUACGAAAACCAUUUUUAAGAAAACAGAAUUGGGAGUAACAAGCUGAACUCCUCUUUGCUGACCUGAUGACACAUUACACGUCAGGUGUAUUAUCUGGCACUUGCAGUGGACCCUCCCGCUCUGGACUAGAUUCAGGUCCUAUCCGAUUCUUGUACAGGUGACUUUUAACAUGGACACCAACGUUCAUUACCUGCAGACCUGAUGUCUACUUUUGCUCACAGUUACCUAUUAGACGUUAUUGUCAAGAAUUCAGAGUUUCUCGGUUAUUAUGGGACUUUUCAUUUUCAAAACACAAAUAAUUCCUGCUCUGUUCAAAGUCAGCCAUCUACAAGUAAUCUUUUUAUAAAUGAGUUAUUAUAAUGGUUUACUUAAAUAAAAAAUCACCAGAGAGCUA